AUAUGGGAUGAGUCUGUUGAAUGGAGCUCAGUGAGUCCCACUGAAGUCUGCGCUCCAAAGAAAGCCAAGGACAGCAGCGGGACGAGGGCAACACAAGACAUGAAACACUGACAAACAAACUAAUGAGGACUGAGAGCAGACAGAAAGUCAACGUACUGAAGAAGAAGUCGUUAUGAGCCCAAUUGCAGCGAAUUACCGGGGAAGGUGUCCGUGAUCGGAGAAAGCCGACUGAAGGGGGGGAGAGACAACAAAGAUACAAGUGGAGUCUGAGUCCAGAGGCAGAGCUCUGAAUCCUCGCCAUGGCCGACGUGCUGGAGAGCGGUGGGUCGGGAGCCGUCAGAGUGGCCAGCGUGGAUUGGCAGAAACGCUGCAUCGCUCUGGAGAUGCAGCUGCUGAGGUUCCGGAUCCAGGCUGGGAAAAUCCGAGAGCUGCUGGCAGAGAAGAUGCAGGAGCUGGAGCAGAGGGUGAUGGAGGCUGACCAGCGGGCUGAGAGUGCUGAGAAACAGAUCCAUGUCAUGGAAGAAAAGCUGAAGUCUGCAAACAUACAAACCAGCGAAUCAGAGAGCUCGUUGUACAGAAAGUAUCAAGACCUAACCAGUCAGGUUCAAGAAAAAGAUGACGCGAUAAAGAGGUUAGAGAUGCAGCUGGAAAAACAGAUCUUAGUCAGAGCCCAGGAGGCAAAAAUUAUUGAGGAGAAAGCCGCCAAGAUUAAAGACUGGGUCACCUUUAAGCUUAGACAGAUGGAGCAAGAGAACCAGCAGCUGAAAAUGGCCAACCUGAAGCAGACAGAACAGAUGGUGCUGCUGCAGGACAAACUACAAGCUCUCUUAGAGAAACCUGCUUCCUUUGUAUCCCCUGCCACCUCCCCUGUAAUGGAUAUCCACCUGGUGCCCAGCAGUCCGCUGUUUCCUCCCAGCUGCCCCGGCACACCACCUGCCCAAGAUGACAGCUGGAGACAGACUGGUCCCCGUGGGGCCACGUCUAAUAUUAAGACCUUGCCAACAGGUGUGCUGCCCUUAAUUUGUGUUAUCUUGGGAUGGGUAGCAGGAAGCUUUUGAGGUAAUGAGUGUGUUCUUUAAUUCAAGUUGGGCUGAUCACAUAAAUGGAACAGAAACUGCAUAGGUGGACAGAUUGGAAGCCUUGCAAAAAUGAAGUCGGCAACCAUUGUUUACAAAACUUUGUUCUGCCCUUUCUUGGUUAGAAUUAGGUAUCGUUUCUGUUUUAUAGAUACAUAUAUGGAUGCGUA